AUGGACAUCACAAAGGACCAUGUGAUGUCAAGAUGCAAGACGUUCGACAAGCACUGCAAUGUACUUGGCAGAAUACUCGCUCAUGAUGGAUUUGAGUGGGAUCAGGAUAGGAACAAGCUUGUGAUUCACAAUGAGGAUGCUUGGAGCAGAUACAUAGAGUUUGAUGGUUAUUUUGCAGAAAACAAAGCUGCUGCUUGCUAUCAGCAUAAAGUUAUCAAGAACUGGGGUGCAAUAAGCCUAAUGUUCUCCAGAGAUCCUUCUGCCACAAGUGAAGAUGUCAGUGCAGGUGCAGGUGCUGAGAAUGGCCAAGAGUUGGAAAUGAAGGGUGCCGAAGAUGUCCAGGACCAUACUCCAAGUUCACCUUCAACAUCUGGACCUAGCAGUCAAUACCGUCCUGGGCCACCCUUAAUGACCCAAUCAAACAAACAAGGCAGGAGGAAGAGGCUCAGAACAAAUGAUGCUUUUUUUUACAUGUCUGGUGACAUCAAAAAUUCGUUUCAAAUAUCUAUGAAGUCAAAUGAGACUCUAGAUGAGCCAAACAGUGCAUCCCCUAAGGAAAUCUCUGCAACACUACAAGCAAUACCCAGCCUAGCACGUGAUGACUUGCUAAGGGCCUAUCGUAUCCUCACAAGCAGUGAUCGUAAGUUUGAAUGUCUUACAGCACUUCCAAUGGACAUGAGGAAGGAUUGGUUGUUGAUGGAGAUUGGGAAGAAGUGA